ACUCUCUCAUAAAUGCGCUCCCACCACCGACCGUGGCAGAUAAUCACAGGCCACUGCGAGAGUGACACUCCUUCCGCUGAUUUUGCCACAGUUUACACGGGGAUGCGUUUUGAUUCGCGAAAAGGGGUCAUCGGUCCAUGAUUUGAGUCGUGUUUUCGGCUUGCAGUUUUCGCAAUUUUGCGAUUUUUUGCGCAUAGGUUACGAGACUGCUCCGCUCCAACUCGAAGAUGACUGGGGUUUUUGAGAACUUAAAUACUGAUAUGCAUUCGAACCAGAUUACCUCAAGCAAUUACCACAGCUUGCACAAAUCGCAGGAGUCCCCGACUCUGCCAGUGUCCACGGCGACGGACAGCAGCUAUUACAACAGCCAGCAACCUGGCCACUGCGCAGGAUCUCCAUUUGGCCAACUCGGCUCUUACCAGUACCACGGCAGCGCCACGAGCAGUGUGCCAUAUAACUCAAAGUCUUACGACCUCGGUUUCAAUUCAUCUUAUGGUGCAUACAGCUCCUACGGCCCCAACUCCUCUCCUACUCCAGCCGAUACAGAAAAAGAAGAGAGUGAGCCAGAAAUCCGGAUGGUUAAUGGAAAACCAAAGAAGGUCAGGAAACCUCGAACCAUUUAUUCCAGCUUCCAACUGGCUGCACUUCAACGGAGGUUUCAAAAGACGCAGUAUUUGGCUCUACCGGAACGCGCCGAGCUGGCAGCCUCGCUGGGCCUUACGCAGACACAGGUCAAAAUCUGGUUCCAAAACCGUCGCUCCAAGUUCAAGAAGUUGUGGAAAAGUGGAGAAAUCCCCCCGGAGCAACAUGUUGCUUCCAGUGAAUCUCCCCCUUGCACGUCUCCACCAACUACUGCCUGGGACUUUCCACAGACUCAAAGAAUGAACAGUGUCAACUCCAGUUUACCUCAGAGCAGCAGCCCUCCCAACACGACUGCGCCUUCAUCGUUUUUGGCAAACUACUCCUGGUACUCAACCACGAAUUCUACGACGCAUCUGCAGCCUCCUCUGGUCCAGCAUCACCACAACUCCGCCAUAAGCGCUGGGACGAUAUUCUGAAAAUAAUGGGUUUUUUUUUUUUUGGUUUUUUUUAAACAUCGGGUUUAAAUCGGACAAUACUGGUGAAAACAAAAGAAAAAUGCCAAUACCUUCAUUUUACAGACCUUGUGUGUGCGCCAUGCGAACUCUACACGCAAGCAUCUAGGAGAAGUUAAUGGAGCCACACAGGUUCAUGGACCUUGACAGUUUUCACGCUGGCAAAUAGUAGACACAGAUUUCUACAGUUAUUUUUGUAUUUAUUUAUUUUGUUUAUGUCGAGGGAUGAAUGAACCACUAUUACCCAAAGCAAUCACAGGCUGGGCGUAAGCCCUAUUUUACGCGGACGUCACUUUUUUUGCCAUUCCUGCAAAAAUAAAAGAUUCAUCGCAGGACAACCUGUCACAAAUGUAGCACAAGUUAACUGUAUCGUGCCUUUUUCAAUAUGACCUCAUUUUGUUGUGCGAUAAAAGCUUACCUUUAUCCAUUCCUCGUGUCAUUAGUUGUUUUGAAUAUACUGGGGGUAAGUGUAUGAAUCCACGUUUGUAAAUAUUUUACCACAGCUUUUUGAUAGCCCAUUACGCUUUUAUUUAGGCUAUUGGUGCAAAUCCAUUAACCACCGUGAGCUACUGAUUGUCCUACCCUCUGAUUUACUUGUAUUACAUUUAAUUGUAUUUUUG